AUGGAGGAGAUUAUUCCCCAUCUCCAUCUCCAUGCGUUAGCGUCGUCGCUUGCAAUCCUCGCCGCCAUGAUGGUGCUACCAUCGACGACAGCUGGUGGCGGGGUCUGCCGUGAGAGCUGCGGCGACAUCCCGGUCCGCUACCCGCUGGGCAUCGACGACGGCUGCGGCAGCCCGUACUACCGCAACAUGCUCACCUGCGCAGACAACGCCACGCUCCGCCUCCGCACCCCGUCGGGCACUUACCCGGUGGCCGGCGCGGACUACUCCGACCCGCACCUCGUGGUGACAGACCCGUCGAUGUGGACAUGCGCGCGGCCCUUCACCUCAGUCCACGCGGUGCCCUUCAGCCUCGACACGAGCACGCGCUUCUCGCUGUCCCCGAGGAACGACUACCUCUUCUUCGACUGCGACGAGGCGCGCGUCAUCGUGGCGCCGCGCCCCGCCAGCUGCGACCGGUACCCGGGCCGCUGCGACUCGGCGUGCGACAGCGCGGGGUACCUGUGCCGGAACCUGCCGGGCUGCCGCGGCGCGCUGGAUGAGAGCAACAUGAGCUGCUGCGCGUACCGCCCGCGCGCCGCGGAGUCGCUGCGGGCGAUGCUACGGCACUGCGAGGCGUACACCAGCGUGCACUGGCGCGCCGUUGGGGACAAGUUCCCUCCCUACGACCAGGUGCCGGCGUAUGGGGUGCGUGUGGACUUCGAGGUCCCCGUCACGACGCGGUGCCUGCAGUGCCAGGACAAACGCCGCGGCGACGGGGGAACGUGCGGCUUCGACCCGGCUACCAGGGACUUCGUCUGCAUCUGCGGCGACGGACGCAACUCCACCACGGACUGUGCAGGAGGUCACGGCUCAGGGCAUCAUGGAUCAGCAGGAGUCAUUGCUGCAAGCGCUGUCGCCUCGAUCUCUGCAGCCAUAGGCGUUGGGGGGCUCGUGUGGUACAUACGCAAGAUCAAACCGAGCAAAGUGGUGACAUGUGGGGUUCAGAGUAAUGAAAACAGGUUCUUCUGA